AUGUUAAUCAACGCUAUCUCAUCAUUGUUCAGUGCCUCCUCAUCAAAGAUGACAAAUUCAGUCUCAAGUGGAAAGGGUUCAUUUGGAUCACAAUCAGCCAACCAAAUAACAAUAUUAUCUGCCAACGAAGCAUCUUUUAAAAUUACCAAUAGUAACAAUUUCGCCACAAUGGAUUUUAUCACAUAUGGUAGUGAUUCUACCAGUGAAUCAUAA